AUGGAUAAUCAAGAUUCUUUCCUGGGAGACUCUGUCUCGGGCAAUGGCCCAUCCAUCUUCGAACAUGCAGAUGAUUCUCCGGAUACUAGCUUUAGCGAUAAUUCGCUGCCGGAAGUUCUCAUCCUCCCAACCUCUCCAGACAAUGGUAAAGUUCCUAUCCCGAUAACGAUUCUUCCUGUCUCUGGACCUAAGGUCAAAGCCGAAGCUUCUAUUUCUCAAUCGAACGCUUCAUUUUCCCGUCAAUCGGUUUCACAAUCCCUCCCCAUGGAUCCAUCCACGCCUGCUAUUGCGGUCAACAAAGUUGGACUCGAUGGAAUCCACAAAAACUUCGCAUUUGCACAAGGCCCAUUCGGUCCUGCUAUGUCUUCCAACCCCAAAGCUUCACAGACACGAACUGGAAUGGAACCACCUCCCGUUCCUGACAAGGCUCAAGGCCCAAGGGCCAAUCAAACGGUUUCGUCUUCUCUCCCUGCUUCAGAAGACGUCCAAAAGACCAAUGACGACGGUCUUCGCUCCCAGAGUGCACUAGAAGUUGCACCAUCAGUCCUCCAAGAUAAACCGAGCCCUAUCGUUGAGGCCAGGCUUGAUACCAGCCCAACUGAUAUGCCCACUGUGGUCACGAAAUCCACCACUGCUGUCAAGGAAGAAGCCGAGUCCAACUCGGAGCGACCUUACAAGCCAAAGAGAUCCAAGCCUCUGCCAUUCGGGAACAUCCCAGUUCUGAACCUCGUUGACCUUACAGAGGAGGCGGGCGAGACUUCUCAGGACGAGGUCCCGCAAGCUGCAAGCCCCCAGGGCGAGCAGAUCGGUCCCCGAGCAAGGGAACCCUUAGUGGUCCCUGCUCCGGACGACCGAUCUCGCUCGUCUUCGGUGGGUGUCGCAGCCACCGCGAGGACGACGCCUGUCGUCAGACCCGUCCUCCUCCCACGAACGAUGUCAGAUGAUGGGCUGGCCACCAAUAUGUUUGGUGGACACACGAUGUCACGGCUUCCUAGAAGCCGCUCGGCGGCCGCUGGCUCACGGGGAGCUGGCGGCGCCGAGAUCAACGACAUCGAGAUUGUCCACAGCAUUCUCGAUGACAAGUUCCGGAGGGCCCAGCGGCUCGAAGACGAGCUCGCCCAAAUGCAAGAUGUCAUUUAUGACAUCGACAACAAACUCGGGUCGAUUUUCGACCGAGACCAAGAGGUGGGCAGGUUGAGGGACCGUUGCCAACGGCUCCAAGAUGCUCUUAAUGAGCAUCGAGAUAGGCAGGCCUCCGCCAAUGAGGAGGUCAACGGGCUGCGGUUCAAGUUGCAGGGGGCCCAUGAUGAGCUCAAAAGGAUUGAGCUCAACAUGGCCCACCAACUUGCUAGAGAGUCGGAUAAGUUAGACCUCAGCAAGAAGAUCAACAGGCAACUUCGGGACCUCACCGAGAAAAUGAGGGAGGGCCUUGGGGAGUUGGAGGAGGACUACAGGGGCCUAAAGGCCGAGCUCGCCGGUGUCCUUGAGGAAAGGGACCGGCUCAAAUCGAGGAUCCGGGAACGCGACCGAGAGGUCGAAAAAAUGAAGGGGGGUAUCAGGGAGUGCGAGCGCGCUCUUCAAGAGCAGCGCGAGAAGUACAGGGCGAUACACGAACAGUGUAUCGACGCCGAUUCUGUUCGCCUCACCAAUGAGAGGCUCCACACCGACCUCGAAAAUGCUAGGUCCGACCUCGGCCGCGAGAGGGGCAUCACGGCAUCGCUUGGGCUUACGCUCAAGUCGAUGGCCGUCGAACUCGAGGGCCUGCGAUGUUCCCUCGGGGAACAACAUGAUGCGGUGACCGGGGGGGUGGGGUCAACUCUUGCUGGGCUUGGCCAGCUUCUGGCCUCCCAGCAGGAGGGCUUCAAGGAGUUCCGGGACGGGAUCUCCAAGCUCCAAGCCGCCUGCGAGAGCCCGCAGUCCGAGCUCUUCAAGUCUAUUGAUAAGGUUAUCAAUACGACGGACGCGAAGUGGACUGGGGUGAGCGAGGCGAUGACGUCGCUGCAGAAGCAGCAGGAGACGGAGGCCCGAACGUAUGCCGACAAGCUCGAGAAGUGGAAGGGGCUCAAGGAGUCCCUGGCCAGUCAAGUCCAGGACUUGACUGGCCAACUAAGGGACCAACAGGAGUCCAUCCGUGUGCUUAUGCAGGAAAAGCACGGGUUCUCUGUCGAGCUUGAAAGGCAGAAGGAGCUGAACCGAUGCUUGGUUGAAACAACCAGCAAAGAGAAAGAGCUUAACGAUUUGAGGCUCGCCGAAGUCAGCCAUAGGGCUGAACUUCUAGAGGGGACUAAGAGAGAGUACCUCGUGAGAAACUCUCUCCUCGAAUCAACGGUUCGGACUCUCGAGUCCAAGGUCGAGGCUGAAAAGAAGAACACGGAAGCCGAGAAGCUGGCGUUGGAGGAUGAGAAUAAGAAGAGUGUUGAAGAAAUUCUGAAGCUUCGAGGGGAGUGCACUGCAGCGAGGAAGAGCCUCGAGGAACUGGACAAGGUUAAGGACGAGUUGGGUCAGGCUACACGUUUGACCACCGAGCUUGAAGCAUCCAUCGACGAAGAACAACAGAAGACGAAGGAAUCGAAUGAAGAGCUCAAAGCUCUCAGAGAGCAACUGAGAGUUAAGGAUGAACAAUUGAGCCUCGCAGCUUCUCGGUGGACGGAUAUAUCCGUUAAGGUUGCCCGCUUGGAAGAAGCCGCUAGUGCAGCAAGGGCAGAUGCCCAACUGAGAGCAGAAGAAGCCCAGUCCCACAGAGAGAAACUGAACCAGAAGGUUUUGAGGGUUGCCGAACUUGAGGCAGAACAUGCAGCACAAGCCUCCCGCUUGGUAAACCUCACGAGCGAGUUAGAGGGCUCGAAGAAUGAAUUGAAAGAGCAGUCCGCAAAGUCGAAGGCCCUGCAGAAGGCGUUCGAUGAAUCCGAAACACUCUGCGAUGAUCGAGGAGUUGAAAUUGAAGCAAAAGAUAAUGAGAUCACAGAACUCGAAAAGUUGCUUGAUAAAUCCGAAAGCAAAAUCAAGUCACUCCAGGCAGAACUGUCUGAAAGGACCGAGGAAGCCAAAAAUCUGAAGGCCGAGCUUGAAGCCACCAAUCUCGAAAGAAACAAGAUUCAGCAGACAAACAAAGCAAAUCAAGCAGAGAAAGCGGAUCGAACAGAGAAAACGAAGCAAACAGAGAAGGCAAAGCAAACGGAGAAGGGUAAGCAGAUAGACAAGGGUAAGCAGGCGGAUAAAGGGAAGCAGACGGACAAGGGAAAGCAGACGGAGAGGGCAGUGAAUGCAGUGAAGACAGGGAAGACAAAGGAAUCGGACAAAAAAGACAAAGGACCGAAGUUACACCAUGCGGCGUCUCACAAGAUUGGGAAAGUAUCAGACCUCCGCAGGUCAAACAGAGUUAAGUCGAAGACCCCGUCACACCUAGACGUUGUUGCUGUGAACCAAGGAUCCACCGCCGGAGGGAAAGACGAUGUCGAAGUAUCAGCCACGCAAACCUCGGUCGCCACGACGGAAUCGUCUGUUGCUGCAAGUCAGCCUGCAGCCGCACCAUCACAAAAUCUUGCCCUCUCUCAUUCUGGACCUUCUCACUCUGGACUUUCUCAUCCUGGACCUUCUCAUCCUGCCCCCUCUCAAAAUCCAGUCCUUGGAACCAUCCUCCCAGCCCCGUCGACAAUAGGGACAAAGCGAAAGCCAGCUGAUGACUUCCACACCGACUUCCCCACCGACCUUCUGAUGGAUUCCGGUGUCACCGCCUGGCUAAAGCCUACAGGUCGCGAACCGAAGAAAAGAAUCAGAUCUGAAGAAACCCUUGAUAUCAACAUGAAGAACUCUGGGAUUCCGGCUUCGGAAGAAUCAUCCCAACAAGAUGAUUUGACAUACAAUGCAGCUCGCCAUAGAAACAAGCGCCGGCUCAGGAAUAAUAAGUAG